UUGGCGAUAGAUGGGAUGACGUGCGCGGCGUGCGCGGGAGGCGUCGAACGCGCGCUGCGAACGGCGAAAGGGGUGACUUCGGCGAGCGUGAGCUUGAUUCCCGAGGGCGUGGCGGUGGUGGAUUACGAUCCCGAACACACGGGGGCGCGAACGUUGAUAGAUGCGGUGGAAGAGAUCGGUUUCGGGGCGAGCGUGUAUCGCGGCGGCGGCGACGAGCGCGCGAAGUCGAAUCGAGAGCAGUCGAAAUAUAGAGAGGAUUUGAAGGUGAGCAUCGCGCUCACGGCACCGAUCGUGCUGACGAACUUGAUGCUCGAACGUAUUUGGAGCCCUAAAGUGAUGCGCGGGCUCUCGUUUUGGGUGUUCGUCAAGUGCGCGCUCGCCACUCGCGUGCAGUUUGGCGUCGGCAUGCGCUUUCAUCGCGGAGCUUUGAAUUCGCUCAAACGCGGCGCUAGUAACAUGGAUGUCCUCGUCUCUCUGAGUACGAACGUCGCGUACGGGGUGAGCGUAUUCAGUAUGUUAUACUGUCUCUUCUUCGGUUCUAUGUUUGCGCGAGACUAUUUCGACACGAGCGCCAUGUUGAUCACGUUCAUAUUGAUUGGCAAGUAUCUCGAAACGUCGGCGAGAGGGAAGACGAGCGCGGCGGUCACCAAACUACUCGAGCUCACGCCUCGCAACGCGACUUUGCUCAGGCCGACGAAAGACGAUGCUGAGUUUAGUGAGAAAAUCAUCGCGACCGAGCUCAUACACGUGGGUGAUCUGCUGAAGGUUUUUCCGGGAGCGCGAGUGCCCGCCGACGGCGUCGUCGUGCGAGGCGAGGCAUUCAUAGACGAGUCCAUGGUGAGUGGAGAAACGAUGCCGGUGACGCGAAAAGUCGGCGCACGAGUGAUAGGUGGUACAAUUAACGAAGGAAACACCUUUGUCAUACGUGCUGAAAAGGUGGGCGCAGACUCUACGCUCCACCAAAUUGUCCAUCUCGUCGAAAACGCCCAACUCGUCAAGGCGCCGAUUCAAGCCUUUGCGGAUCGCAUUUCGAACAUCUUUGUACCCGCUGUUGUGGUUUUGGCCUCGAUAACGUUUUUAUCUUGGUUGAUCGCGGGGUGGGUGAACUCUUUCCCCACCGUGUGGGUGCCGACGAACGAAAACAAGACCCUCUUUGCAAUGAUGUUUGGCAUCUCCGUCCUCGUUACGGCUUGUCCUUGCGCUCUCGGCCUCGCAACACCGACGGCGAUCAUGGUUGGAACUAGUGUCGCGGCAACUAGCGGUAUCUUGGUUAAGGGUGCUGAUGCUCUGGAACGAGCCGGUGCGCUGGACGUAGUUGUGUUCGAUAAGACUGGCACGUUGACUACGGGCUCGCCCACUGUCACCGCCUUCAUAGCGUCGCAAGUUGAGACUCUCGAUCAAAUCAUCAGUUUGGUGGUUUGCGUUGAGAAAGACAGCGAGCAUCCGAUUGCAAAAGCCGUGCGAGAUUAUGCCAGACGUCAAAGUCCGUCCGAAAUACCUUCGAACUUAAAGUCGGACGUUCAAAACAUCCCCGGCCAAGGCGUCUGUUGCGUGGUGAACGGCAAAUCCGUGGCGCUGGGAAACGAAAAGAUGAUGCAGGAGCGAAACAUGCGGCAACUGUCCGAAGAAAUCUCAAAGUUUGUGACAGAACACGAAGAGAGUGGAAAGACAGUGGUUUACGUGGGCGUUCAAGGUGUCGUCGAGGGAGCUUUCGCGGUGUCUGACGAGUUGAAAUCCGACGCCAGAGAGACGGUGACUGCUUUGCGAGAGCGAGGCAUCGAAAGCAUCAUGGUCACCGGCGACAACUUGAAGACCGCGCGCGCGAUUGCACGUGCGUGCGGAAUCGAGAUUAUCCAUGCAGAGGCUUCACCAACGGAUAAAGUGAACAUCAUCAAAGAAUUACAAUCAAAACGUUCGCCUCGAGCGAAGGACGAGUUCAAACCGACUUCAGUGGCGAUGGUCGGCGACGGCGUCAAUGACGCCCCAUCGUUAGCAUCCGCGGAUGUUGGGAUGGCAAUCGGUGCUGGAACUGAUAUUGCGAUCGAAGCGGCUGAUUUCGUGCUCAUGCACGCUGAUUUGUACACAGUCGUCCGAGCCAUAGAUAUUGCGCAGAAAACGUUUCGACAAAUACGCCAAAACUACGUCUGGGCUCUGGGAUACAACGCGGUCACGCUACCCCUCGCGGCGGGUGCGUUUUACCCGAGCAUCAAAGUUUCACCAUGGCUCGCGAGUAUAUUGAUGGCGUCCAGCAGCAUUUCCGUCGUCUUGGCCUCGUUAUCGUUG